CCUUAUUCCAUUGCCUGGCUACAAAGUAAAGAUGGCCGCCUUUGUUGUUUGUUCGGUUUAGUGAUUUUCCUAUCGUUUCGCCAUGCCUAAAGUCAUCUCUAGAAGUAUUGUGUGCUCGGAUACUAAAGAUAAAGAAGAGUAUAAGGCCGACGACGCAUCUCUUUUCGUCUACUACUGCAUUUGCGGGCAAAUGGCGAUGAUUUUAGAUUCCACGCUAGAGAAGCUACCACUCCGGCGGACGGACCAUGCAAGGGUGAUAGACAGCAGUAAACAUGCAUUCAAACUCAAUGCUGUGGAGGGAGAUGUAGUGUUUCUCAAAAGGAAGGGGGGUAUUGAGAGGCAGUUCCGUCUAAAAUGCAAGAAAUGUGACUUGUGGCUAUUCUACAGACCAUCAAAGAAAGACCAGAAUGUCACUUUUGUUGUAGAUGGUGCAAUGGCUCAGUCUGGGAAAGCUCCAACAGAAACAAAGAAAGUACCAGACAAGGUGAUGAUGACUAAACGCACCAAGGAGUUUGGCAAGUUUGGCUCUGUGACAGUGUCUACAGUUGAUGAGGAAGAAGAGGAAAUAGAACAGCAAGAGGUUGAGUCAUCAUAUGCUCACAAUGCACGGAUCAUCGAGAAGCAACUGGAGCGCAAAUCAGCUGUCCCUAAACGCACCCAUGAUCAGGACACUAAAGCUGAGUUUGGGACCAAGAAGCCACGUGGCACCCUGAUAGACAGAACCUAGUACCCAGGUGCUGUGUCAUUGGCUAAUGGCAAGAAGAAAAAUUGAGACUCUAGAGAUGAAACGGUGAAGACAGAUUGGAAGGAAGUCAGGAAAGAUGAGACAAGUAAAUUGUGUGUAGUAAAAAAAUGGUCCAAUUUAAAAUGGGACAUAGACAAGGACUUCAGAGCACAAAAAAGUCUUAAUAAAAGAUAGGUUUUAUCAA